ACCAAGAAACAAACUUCUACCUAUAAAUACAAAUAAAAGUAGCGUCCAUCGCAGGAAUUGAAUGACAUAGAAAUUAGAUAUAAUAACAUGUUGGAAAAUCCUAUAGAAAUUCAAAACAAGAGAAUGUGUGAUAGAUUUUGUUUGAUGCGCCACAGAAAAAACACAAGAAUAUAGUGAAAAUUGCCGCCUCCCCAAAGCUAGGGUUUCUCUGCCUCCCACCGGCAUCGCUGCCGAUCCACCUCGCCUCUAGUGGCCUUAGGGCCAUGGGAGCGGAGUGGAUCCCGGCCCUUGCCGGUGGGAGGGCUCUGGCAAGGGAGGGGCGAUGACAGCGGCACGCCUUCAGCUUGCUUCAGUGCUUGUAAUCGUCGCUAGAUGGUCUACGGACCUGAAUGCAAUUUUUAUUAUUUCUAGUGUUCGAUGUACUACCAUGGUUGAAAAAGAAUAGAUUAGAAGUUUUCUCGCAAAAAAAUAGUGGAAAUUGCAAGCGCCUUAUUUAAAAAAACAAUGAUAAAUUAUAGAGCUAACGUUCCUUUUUUUUGCGAGAUAGAGCAGACGUUCCUUGAGAGUGAAUUUUCGAGGGAACGCUCUUUGGUUUCCACUACUGCCCAUGAUGGGAACCUAGAAUGUCUUGUUUCGGUUACACAAAUGGGGGGUGCAGAGAAGGCAGGCCCAUGAUGGGAACUAGAAUGUCUUGUUUCGGCUACACACAAAUGGGGGGUGCAGAGAAGGCAGGCCCAUGAUGGGAACUAGAAUGUCUUGUUUCGGCUACACACAAAUGGGGGGUGCAGAGAAGGCAGGCUUCCAAGCUAGCCCCGCUAUAAAUAUGUGUGCUCACUGCUACCGCUGAAAUCUGUAGGAGGGCACAACUCAGUAGAAACAUAUACAACCGUGGGUAGCACACAAAUGGCCCAUGUAUCUGUAGGGACUAUCAGUUCAUCACUCUUCACAGCCACCGUCCUCCUCACUUUCUUGACCUCUUUUGCCCCUGCUUCUUCACUCGAUGGCACCACGCUUGGUGAUGAAUCUGGUAAGGACUUCCAAGCACUCCUCUGUCUCAAGAACCAUCUCUCUAACAACACCGAAGCCCUCGCCUCGUGGAACAAUACCCUUCAGUAUUGCAGUUGGCCCGGUGUCACCUGUGGCAAGAAGCACGCAUCUCGCGUCACAACACUUCAUCUUGAAUCUCUUGAUCUGAACGGCCAAAUACCACCCUGCAUCGGUAAUCUCACUUUCCUUGCAAGAAUCAAACUCCAGGAUAACCUGCUGAAUGGCGGGAUCCCGCCUGAGGUAGGUUUUCUGUGUCACCUUGUCGAGCUCUCCCUUUCAGAUAACAUUCUUACUGGCGUAAUACCGAACUCUUUGUCUACCUGUUCUAGCCUUCAGAUAAUCGAUCUUGGGAAUAACUACCUCCAGGGGAAGAUCCCCACAGGUUUGGCCAACUGUCUAAAUCUCACAGAGAUUUAUCUUGAUAGCAACACGCUCCACGGAAGCAUUCCGGAUGGGUUCGGCAUGCUUCCUAAGCUUUCAGUUCUGUAUGUUCCUAACAACAAAUUAACGGACAAGAUUCCUUACCCACUUGGAAGCAGCUCAUCACUCUACUAUGUCGUCCUGGCAAACAACAGCCUAACUGGAGGCUUUCCACCUCUCUUAGCAAAUAGUUCAGCACUUGAAUGGCUGGACUUGGGAAGCAAUGACCUCGAUGGAGACGUACCUCCCUCUCUCUUCAGCAGCCCAUCUCUUGAAAUCAUACUUUUGGGAAGAAAUAACUUCUCCGGGUCUAUUCCACCUUUCUCACCCAUCUCGCCGUUGCGAACUCUGUCCCUAUCAUUCAACAAUCUCACAGGAAAAAUACCUUCCACCAUAGGGAACUCCUCUUCCCUUGUUGAGCUUUUGCUUGCAGGGAAUCACUUGCAAGGCAGCAUUCCGUGGAGUUUGAGUAAAGUCCCCCACUUGGACAAAUUAGAUCUGAAUUACAACAACUUGAUAGGAGCCGUUCCAGGCUCUCUCUACAAUAUAUCAACACUCACAUACCUUGGCAUGGGAAUUAACAGCCUAACAGGAGAAAUUCCAGAAAAUAUUGGCCAUACCCUUCAAAGCAUCCAGACAUUCAUUGUUCAAGGAAACAGAUUUGGAGGUAUUAUUCCCACUUCAAUGGCCAAGGCCAGAAAUCUUCAGAGCAUUAAUCUUUGUGACAAUGCAUUCCAUGGUAUUGUUCCUUAUUUUGGGUCUUUGCCCAACUUAACCGAACUAAAUCUAGGCAAGAACCAACUCGAAGCUGGCGACUGGACUUUCCUCCACUCGCUCACCAGUUGUACAAAGCUAGUAAGUUUACGUUUAGAUGAAAAUAACCUACAAGGUGAACUGCCAAAGUCCAUAGGCGAUCUUCCAAAAAGCUUAGAAUCUCUGAUCUUGACAGCAAAUAAAAUAUCUGGUACCAUACCACACGAGAUAGGGAACCUUAGUAGCCUCAAACUUCUUUACAUAGAGCACAAUUUGCUUACUGGAACCCUUCCGUACUCACUUGGAAACCUUUCCUACAUGUUCGUUCUAAGAUUAUCAGGAAACAAGCUAUCUGGCCAAAUCCCACUUUCAAUUCGUAAACUUGGUCAACUAAGUGAGCUCUAUUUGCAGCAAAAUAAUUUGAGCGGGCCCAUCCCAGUAGCUUUAGCACAGUGCAAUAAGUUACACACCCUAAACCUCUCUUGCAACUCAUUUGAUGGAACAAUACCAAAAGAACUGUUCACUAUUUCCACACUUGCUGAAGGUCUUGAUCUGUCUCACAACAAACUCUCUGGACAUAUACCAGUGGAGAUUGGCAAAUUAAUCAACCUUUCCCCCCUCGAUAUUUCCAACAACCUGUUGACUGGAGAAAUUCCCUCAACUUUGGGCGACUGCCUCCAUUUAGAAUCCCUCCACCUGGAAGGUAAUCUACUUGAUGGGCGAAUCCCUCAAUCUUUCGCUGCACUGAAAGGCAUCAGUGACAUGGACCUUUCUCGAAACAACUUGUCUGGUCAAGUUCCAGACUUCUUUGAGGCUUUCAGCUCCCUGUCACUUCUCAAUUUGUCAUUCAACAACCUGGAGGGACCCAUGCCAACUGGUGGGAUCUUCCAAAAUGCAAGCAAGGUGUUUGUCCAAGGGAACAAAGAGUUGUGUGCUGUCUCCCCACUAUUGAGAUUGCCACUUUGCCAUACAGCUGCAUCUCAACAAAGGCACAGAUUCCACAUUCUGAAGAUAAUGGGAUUAUCUGCUCUUGUCUUAGUCAUGUUAUCAUGUAUUGGACUCAUUUUUUUAAAGAAGGGAAAGAAAGCGAAGCAAGAAGAUCAUCCAUCCGUCGAGGAGUUAAAGAAGUUCACAUAUGCUGAUUUAGUGAAAGCAACAAAUGGUUUCUCUUUAGCCAACUUGGUUGGUUCAGGAAAGUAUGGGUCCGUAUACAAAGGUAGAAUUGAGUCUGAAGAACAUGCAGUUGCGAUCAAAGUUUUCAAACUUGAUCAGCCUGGAGCAACGAAAAGCUUCGUUGCUGAAUGCCAGGCACUCAGAAGUACUCGUCAUCGUAAUCUUGUAAGGGUGAUCACAGUAUGCUCGACAAGUGACCUGACAGGAAAUGAGUUCAAAGCUCUUCUCCUUGAAUAUAUGGUUAACGGCAACCUUGAAAGUUGGCUCCAUCCAACACUCCACGAGCAUCAUCUGAAAAGGCCCUUGUCUUUGGGUUCAAGAAUAGCAAUAGCAGUAGACAUAGCAGCUGCUUUGGAUUACCUGCAUAACCAUUGCAUGCCUCCUAUGACACACUGUGAUCUGAAGCCAAGCAAUGUCCUUCUGGAUGAUGUCAUGGGCGCAUGUGUUGGUGACUUCGGGUUGACUAAGUUUGUACACAGUUAUACUUCUUCUAGGAUUGAUGGUUCUACGAGCUUAGUGGGACCAAGAGGAUCAGUUGGAUACAUUGCACCAGAAUAUGGCUUUGGGAGCAAAAUCUCUACCGAGGGUGAUAUUUACAGCUUUGGAGUCAUCGUCUUAGAAAUGCUCACAGGGAAGCGUCCAACUGAUGAGAUGUUUAAAGAUGGCCUGAGCCUUUACAAUUUUGUUGAAAAAUCAUUUCCUGAAAAGAUUGGCGAGAUUCUAGAUCCGAGAAUCAUUCCCUAUUAUGCGGACCAAGACGGAGAAGCAGGCAGGGCUGUAGAUCAAGAAAAUCAUCAUCAAAUGGCUGGAAUGAGCUGCAUCAUCAAGCUCGUUAAGAUUGGCCUCAUGUGCGCUGCAGAGACACCCAAAUAUCGUCCCUCAAUGCAGGAUGUUUACGUUGAGGUCACCGCAAUCAAAGAUGCAUUUUCAGCACUGCAGGGUUGAGCAAAAACUGCAAACAUUUAAUAUUGCUCAGAUGUUGCUGCUGCAGGAUGACCUAAGACUAGUUUCCUUUACUUAAUGCUUUACCUUUUCUCGAUAGAAAUCGUGUUAUGUCGUGGAUCGUCUUCCAUUUUACAAGUAAAUCUAUGUUCGUCGUGUAUGUAAGCUGUGGUUCAACCUAUAUCAAAUAAAAAGUUCAGCACAUGAACUUUUCUUUCGACUUGGAUUUUCCUUUUUCUUUCAAAACUAGUAUUACCUCCGUCCCGAAUUACUUGUCUUAGAUUUGUUUUGAUACGGAUGUAUCUAAGAGUUCUAGAUACGAAGUAAUUCGGGACGGAGGGAGUAGUAAACUGCAAGUAAUUAAGCCCGACUAUCGACUAAUCACACCCUCAUAAAGAUAACUUGCACAGCAGUACAUCGAAUUGCUAAACUUGAAAGUUGAAACCGAUGUGCAAGGAUAUCACAUUUUCCUAGUAGUACAAUUUUAUCAGAGAGCA